AUGGAGGACUCCAUAGAUAUCCAGAACUUCUGUACCAAUUAUGGGUUCUAUCAAGAAUAUGCAGUCAAUCCACAAGUUCAAGAAAUGAAUAAACAACAAGAAGAAAUGAAUGUGUAUGCUGCUCAUUCUGCAGGUCAAUUAAGUCGAGGAAAAAUGAAGCUCAAUGGUCUAGAAACAGGAAGCGAUGUGGACAAGGUACCUUUUUCAUCUCUAGCUCCUUUUGAAUUUCUGAGGAACAAUCCGAGCAGGUACAAGAAUACUGAAGGACAUAAAGUUAGAGAUAUGAACGAUGAAGCCAACGUGUACCAGAAGCUCUCAACUAUGCAAAUCAUGAGGCUAGCUGGAGAAAGAUUUAUCCAAUUCUCUUCUAACAAGUUCAUUAACAUAAACAGUCUUUUGCACCCGUAUGGUUCUGCUCUCUCAGACCUUUCUCCUGAAGAUAAUCAAGACGUAGAACUUGCUCAAAUCCUCCUAGCUGCAGCUGAAAAAGUUUCUGACCAGCAAUACGACCGUGCAAGGAAAUUUCUGGGUCAAUGCCAACCACUUGCAUCAAGCACAGGUAAUCCUGUGCAAAGAGCAGUCUUUUAUUUUGCACAAGCACUUGGAGAGAAGAUCGAUAGAGAAACAGGAAGGUUAAUGCCAAAAAACUCUACAAAAGCAGAUGAACUUAACAGUAUCUGUGUGGCAUCAAGAUUCGACGCCUCAUACUUAGCGUUACAUCAAGAAGUUCCAUUCACCCAAGUGGUGCAUUUCACAGGAAUUCAAGCCAUACUAGAAAGUGUAGCAACAAAACCCAAAGUUCACCUAAUUGAUUUCCUUAUCAGAACAGGGGUACAAUGGGCAUCCUUGAUCCAAGCAGCGGCAGAGAGAAAGGAUAAGCCAAUCGAACACAUGAAGAUCACAGUAAUCGAAUCAGGAGAUAAAGAAAGAGUAUUCGAAACAGGCAAGUCUUUAGAGAGUUUUGCUAAGUCCUUGAACUUCCCUUUCUCUUUCAAGAUCAUCUUUUUACCAGAUAGGAACCAACUAACCGAAGACCACUUCGACAUAGAACCUGACGAAGGGGUAGUCAUUCACGCAGCAUUCUUUCUAAGGACAAUGAUUUGCGAACCAAACUGUCUAGAAACCGCGAUGAGAGUUGUAAAAAAACUGCAACCAUCAUUAAUGGUAGUAUCAGAAGUAGAGGCAAAUUUGAAUUCACCUCUAUUCGCGAACCGCUUCAUAGACUCGUUAUUCUAUUACAGUGCAUUAUUUGAUUGCCUGGACGAUGUAAUGAAACGGGAUGAUCAACACAGGAUGACAAUCGAAUCAGUGUCAUAUGGAGACGGGAUUCGGAACAUAGUAGGGAGUGAAGGGAAGGAAAGGGCAACAAGAAGUGUGAAUCUUGAUGUGUGGAGAUCAUUCUUAGGGAGGUUUGGAAUGGAGGAAGUAAAGCUGAGUGACACAUGUUUGUAUCAGGCUAACUUGAUUAUUCAGCAGUUUGCUUGUAGGAAUUCUUGCAGUGCGGAUGUAAAUGGAGGGUCUCUCACGGUUAGCUGGAAAGGGACCCCAAUCUAUUCCACUUCUGCUUGGAGAUUCCAUUGA